UCUGUCGCCCAGGCUGGAGUGCAGUGGCCCAAUCUCGGCUCACUGCAAACUCCGCCUCCCGCGUUCACGCCAUUCUCCUGCCUCAGCCUCCAGAGCAGCUGGGACUACAGACGCCGGCCACCACGCCCAGCUAAUUUUUUGUAUUUUUAGUAGAGACGGGGUUUCACCAUGUUAGCCAGGAUGGUCUCGAUCUGCUGACCUCGUGAUCCGCCCGCCUCUGCCUCAAAGUGCUGGGAUUACAGGCAUGAGCCACCACACCCGGCCUGCAGAUUGAGGCCUAGAGAGAGGCAGGCGUUCCUCAGAGUCACAGGGAAUGGCGGCGCCUGGACUGGGCCUCAGCCCAGCUGCUUGGCCUGACCCUCUCAGAGCAUAAUUUCCCGGCACCUGGAGGCCGCACUUAGAAACCGCCCAGUGCCCCGAGCGUCUCCAUGGCCUGCCUGAGCCCCUGGCAGCUCCAGAAGUUCCAACAGGAUGGAUUCCUGGUGCUGGAAGGAUUCUUGUCUGCAGAAGAGUGUGUGGCCAUGCAACAAAGGAUUGGCGAGAUAGUGGCUGAAAUGGAUGUUCCUCUCCACUGCCGCACAGAAUUCUCCACCCAGGAAGAGGAGCAGCUUCGAGCCCAGGGCAGCACAGACUAUUUCUUGAGCAGUGGUGACAAGAUUCGAUUCUUCUUUGAGAAAGGCGUUUUUGAUGAGAAAGGAAAUUUCCUGGUCCCUCCGGAGAAAUCCAUCAACAAAAUUGGCCACGCUCUGCAUGCCCACGACCCCGUCUUCAAGAGCAUCACACACUCCCCCAAGGUUCAGACCUUGGCCAGAAGUCUGGGCCUCCAGAUGCCCGUGGUGGUGCAGAGCAUGUACAUCUUUAAGUCUCCCCUCAUCAGGACGCCUCCUUCCUGUACACGGAGCCCCUGGGCCGGGUGCUGGGCGUGUGGAUUGCAGUGGAGGAUGCCACGCUGGAGAACGGCUGUCUCUGGUUCAUCCCUGGCUCCCACACCAGCUCUCCAUCUUGGCCUGCAGGUGGCGUGUCAAGAAGGAUGGUCCGGGCCCCUGUUGGCUCAGCUCCUGGUACCAGCUUCCUCGGGUCAGAGCCAGCCCGGGAUAAUAGCCUCUUUGUGCCCACCCCAGUGCAGAGAGGGGCCCUGGUCCUCAUCCAUGGAGAAGUGGUACACAAGAGCAAGCAGAACCUCUCUGACCGCUCACGUCACGCCUACACUUUCCACUUCAUGGAGGCCUCUGGCACCACCUGGAGCCCAGAGAACUGGCUCCAGCCAACAGCUGAACUGCCCUUUCCCCCACUGUACACCUAAAGGCUCUUGCAGGGCAGGAGCCCUGGCCCCUCCCGGGUGAAGCUGUGGGUUGUAAACACCAGUGCCUUGCUCGGCCUCCUGGUUGCAACAGGGAGGUCUUGUCUCCCCUCCUGGGCUUUCCUCCUGCCCUGUGGGCAGCAGCCUAGGCUGGGUCAGGGGCUUCCCUAAGAUCUUCAUCUGUCUGCCUCCCUACUGCCCCAACAUAGCCUUGAGGAGGCUUCUCAGCCACCAAAGGGUUCUGGCCCCUUCUCACUCUCCUCUCCUCUCAGAUGGAACUCUGGUUAUUACGGUGUUAGUUAUCGAAUAAAAACGACUUCAGAAUGCA